AUGGACAGAAUUCUUCACUUACUCUGUUCUGCACUCUGUCUGUCUACAGACGAUCAAGCUGACACGUUCCAGUGCGACGAGAAAAAGCCUACAUGCACCAACUGCUUGCAUCAUUCAGUCGAAUGCGACUUCUCAGCUCCCGCGGUCCUACUCUCUCAGGGUUCCCCGGCCGCUUCCAAUAAUCCGACUCCCCCUCGGCGAUUUCGCUUUAAACCCUCUAAAUACCAGCCCCUGGCGGAAUCUCCAUGUGACAACGAAAAUGAACUGGCGGAUUCUACAUCUACCGGAGUUCAAUGCGAUCUGUCCGCAAGCCACCACGCAAGCGGCGGAAUAUCUUUCGCGGAUCUAGAACUCUUUCAUCACUUCAUCACCACCACCUACUCCACCUUUGGAGAUCUAUCAAACAAACAUAGAGAUAUCUGGCAAGUGCAUGUGCCUCGUUCUGGGAUCAAUUUCCCCCCAAUCCACCAUCUUACGUUAGCCAUCACCGCUUUACAUCUCGCAUACGAGAACCCCGACCGUCACGAUGAUUACGUCACGAAGGCUGAUAGUCACUUCACAUUCGGGGUUCGAUCUGUCACGAAUAUCCUAUCCAAGCUGGACUUCGACAACUGCCAGAUGAUUUAUCUCUCCGCUGUACUUAUCUGCUUCAUCUAUUUUGCCCGCGGCCCGCGUCGGGGCGAAUACCUCGUUUUCAGCGAAACCGGGCAAUCGGAAUGGCUAGUCCUGAUGCGUGGCGUUCGGUACAUCGUAAUCUCUAGACGUGUCGAAAUCUUCUCUGGGAUUUUGGAUCCCGGGAAGCAAGGAUCGCCGAAAAUGACUCCUGCGCUAGAAACCGAGUUAAACGAGCAGCAGACUCAUCUGAAUGCCGCGCGCCGGUUUCUAGACCAGAACGUCCCAGAGUCCGAGAAGGAGUUGUACCUCUCAGCAAUGGAGACGCUCAUGACCUCAUUCGAAGAAAUGUACAAUAUUCGCAGCAUCAGGAAUGACGGGGCAAAUUUGAUGCCUGCGGUCAUUGGGUGGGUAUAUCGGCUGGAAGAGACAUUCGUUCAGCGAUUGGAGAAGAAAGAUUCUUUUGCCUUGGUCAUUCUAGCACAUUGGAGCGUGAUGCUGAAAUACAUGGCCCCCUCGUGGUUCAUGGAGGGAUGGGAUGUGCAUGUCAUUUCAGGAAUUCGCUCGUCUUUGGGGGUGGAAUAUCAUCAGUGGAUCGAGUGGCCUGUGAACACGAUUUGUGGUUAG